AUCGCUUAGUUUGAAAAGUGUAAUCAAAGCGAGUGGUAAUAGAAAAAAAAGUUAAUAAAUAAAAUCAAUUGCGGUCAAGAUGUUAAAAACUUGGCUAUUGGUUGCAGUGGCCAUUGCGACUCUCUCGCGCACCGCAAACGGAAUACCCAUUACGGCGACAAACAUCAACACCUCCAGUGAAUAUGAUUUGCAAAUACUGCGCUAUGCCAAAUCCGCCGAGAUCCAUAACUUGAUGGAUGAGAGUGUCGAUCCUUGUGACAAUUUCUAUGCCUUUGCAUGUGGCACCUGGAAUCGCAUCAAUCCGGCCAAUUCAUUUGAGACCAUUACGACGGGCUUCUUCGAGACCAUUCAAAAGGCACUGAAUCGUAAAAUUGCCGAUGUUUUGGCCGAUGACGAAGAGGGGGAAGCCUACACAGACAUCGAUAAGAAGGUAAAGAACUUCUAUGAAUCCUGCAUGAACUUGUCAGCCCUGAAGGCGAUCUACCAGGAUAAACUGAAAUCGAUUGUGGCGGAAUUUGGUAGCAUGCCAGCGCUGGAGGGUGACGACUGGCAGGAGGAAGAAUUCGACUGGUUGCAGGUGAUAGCCCAGAUUGCCUACAAAUAUGAAAUCUCCAUUAUAUUGGGCUAUGACAUUAUGGCUGAUUUUGCAGAUAAUUCCAUGAAUCGCAUCUACGUGGGUCAGACUGAAUUGCCGCUGGAGUCAAGGUCCAUGUAUUUGGAGGAGCGCAACGCCAUCUAUCGUCACCAGUACCGGGAGAAUAUUGCCACAAAUCUUAGAACAUUUUUGGGCAUAGAGCCGCCAGUGGCACGACAGGUGGCUCAGGAAAUUUUGGAUUUUGAAAUCGGCCUUGCACGGGGUUUGGUGGAUGAAAAACAGGGGCUGCAAUUGGAUGAACUUACUAUCCUCACCACCAUCGAUGAGCUGCAGGAGAAAUACUACCCAGCUCUGGAUAUCAAACGGCUGAUACGCAUUUCCUUGGGCACGCUACCCACGGAUGAGAUUUACGAAGUCAUUGAAGAGUAUCAAGCGAAUCUGGUCGAGCUUCUGCAGACCACACCCAAACGAAAUGUGGCCAAUUACAUUUUCUAUACUUUGCUGGAGAAUUUCAUGCUGAAAAUUCCCAAAAACAAGGCGGAAUUGAAAAACAAAUGCAUUGCCAAUACGAAAAAAUAUUUCGCCAAGAAUUUGGACAACAUGGUCUAUCGCAUCUACAACACCAACGACACCGAAAAGGGUGUGGAAUUUAUGUGGCGUGAAAUCCAGAAAACCUUCGAAACGAUGCUGCUCUCCGAUCGCAUGAACUGGAUCAAGCGGGAGACUCGCAACUAUGCUGUGGAAAAGUUGUAUGCCAUGCGAAUUGAAAUCAACUCCUAUGAGAAGACCAAUUUCAGCGAUGAAUUUGGCCAGCUGAUCGUCAACAAACAUGAUUUUGUGGAAAAUCUCAAAUCGGCCAUGAUGUUGAGUGCCAAAAAUUCCCGCAAGAAAUUACAUCAACCUCCCGCUCCACUCGAUGCCGGCGAGUUGCUGUCCUUCACCCCUGCCAAUAUUUUAAUUGAAAAUCGUAUCAAGGUUCCGGUCUCGGUACUGCAGCCGUUCUAUGUGUGGUCCGACACCUACCCGAAUGCCCUGAAAUAUGGCACUUUGGGUUCUCUGAUAUCCCACGAGCUGAUCCAUGGUUUCGAUGACACCGGUCGGAAUUUUGAUAAGUUUGGCAACAGUCGCAACUGGUGGGACGAUAAAUCGACGGAGGCCUUUAAACAUCGCACCAACUGUUUUGUCAAUCAAUAUCGAAAUUACAUGUACCAUGGCCAUCUGUUGCCCGAAAUGGCCUCCCAAUCGGAGAAUAUUGCCGACAACAGUGGGGUGCGCUUGGCCUAUGCUGCUUAUCUGCGCUGGUAUGAGAAUGCCAUGCGUAGCCGCCACAAUAUGAUCAGUGAAACUCUGCCACGUUUGCCAUACAACGGCAAGCAAUUGUUCUUCAUUAGCUACGCCCAGAUAUGGUGCAGUGACAUACAUCCGGCAAUGAGAAAUCUGCAAACUUCUACAGAUAACCACGUUCCGGGGAAGUUUCGAGUUAUUGGACCCCUCUCGAAUUUUCCGGAAUUUUCAAAAGAAUUCAAUUGCCCGCUGGGUAGCAAUAUGAAUCCGGCUAGUAAAUGUAUAAUUUAUUAAAAAAAAAAGUCUUGUGCGAUGGACGUUGUUAUGCUUGAUUUUGGUUAAAAAAAUAAAUGAUUUAUUGGUUUCUUGAGUUAUAAUA